GGCGGUUGUGCCUGCGUCAACUGUGCGCGCCGCGGGAAACCUGACCAGCGACAUGGCUGCGGGUUGUUCAGAGGCUCCGCCGCCAAAGGCGACCUCUGAGGGGCCGGUGGUAGGACAGGCUGGCGUCUUGCCUUGCCUAGAGCUGCCGACUUACGCGGCCGCCUGUGCGCUGGUGAAUAGCCACUACUCUUGCCUGGUGGCAGGCCCGCACCGAAGACACAUCGCUUUGUCGCCGCGUUACCUUAACCGGAAACGCACCGGUAUCCGGGAACAGCUAGAUGCAGAGCUCCUGCGCUAUUCCGAGAGCCUUUUAGGUGUCCCCAUUGCAUAUGAUAACAUCAAAGUAGUGGGUGAACUGGGAGAUAUUUAUGAUGAUCAAGGACACAUUCAUCUUAACAUUGAAGCAGAUUUUGUUAUUUUCUGUCCUGAACCAGGGCAAAAGCUUAUGGGUACAGUCAAUAAAGUGUCUUCCAGCCACAUUGGCUGUUUAGUACACGGGUGUUUCAAUGCCUCCAUCCCAAAACCUGAGCAGAUGCCUACUGAGCAGUGGCAGAACCUGGAGAUAAACGUGGGUGAUGAACUAGAAUUUGAAGUAUUUCGUUUGGACUCAGAUGCUGCUGGAGUAUUCUGCAUUCGGGGAAAAUUAAAUAUCACUAGUUUACAAACCAAGUGCUCUGCAGUUUCUGAAGAAGUAACAGAAACUGGCACUGAAGAAAUUAUUGAAAAACCUCUCAAGAAGAAAAAGAAAAAGAAGAAAGAUCCAGAGUCAUAUGAAAUAGAAAAUGAUAACAGAGAGCUAGCAGAUUGUGCAGAUGCCACAAUGAAGAAAGAGACAGACCUACAGAUUGGUGAUGUGAAUAGCCUCUGGAACAAUGAGCCAAAAAAGAAGAAGAAGAAGAAAAAACACCAAGAAGAUCAGGACCAGGAUCCUGUUUUCCAAGGCAGUGACUCCAGUGGUUACCAGAGUGACCAUAAAAAGAAAAAAAAGAAAAGAAAACACAGUGAGGAAGCUGAAUUUACCCCACUUUUGGAACACUUACCUAAAAGAAAAGGGAAAAGUAAUUUUCUUCAGUGGAUUUUAAAUAUUCAGCUUUUUAAAGAUUUAGAUACAGGAAAUGAAUAAAUGUGGGAAUGGUAUGAAAUGCUUGUGUAUUCCCAUAGUCUACAAAACAGGAAAUAUUUGAUUAGGAGUUUUGGGUGCUUAUUAAAGUUAUAAUUACUGUCGGAAAUACCAGUAUUAUUAAACUGCCAUUUUAUUGUAUACAGAAUAAAAAGGUAAGAGCUACUCUCCCCAAUCUUGACAUUUUCCCAGAUUUUACAUUCUAAAUAAAAUUAUUUCUAUACUGUGAAGACUGGCAAAAGGACUUUGUAAUAUAGUUUUUCAUAUCAUUAAAAAAUGAGUUGGAUCUUGUUUUUUUUUUUUUUUUUUAAUAGGUUUGCCCUUUAGUCAUAGUAUUACCUGUGAUUUUAGGUUUUUUUUUUUUUUUUUUGGUCAUGGCUACUAUGGUGUUUCUGUGGUUCAACUUAGAAUGGUUUGCCAAAGGAGUUCCUGAAGUCUCCAGAGCUCUUAAGAACCAUGCCACUAUUGACUGUGGUAGGAAACACUGUUUAUUAUUCCUUCCUUCCAGAUGGAGGCUGAGAGAGGAGGCUGUUUCCUUGUAUUUAUUUGUGCCUCAGCCGUUCUGCUUUUUCUGUGUUUGGAGGAGCAGAAUCUGAUUAAGACAUGAUAAAUGCCAUUUAUCCUAGUGGGGGAAUUUCUCAACUACCUUUUUAAAAAUUAGAUUAAGUUACUAAAAACUGAGAAAUUUCAUUAAGAAAAUGUGGACUAGGUUUUUCUUGACCACUAGAAAACAGUGAGUAAUGAAAUGACAAGCUGGUUCAGGCUGAUAAUCAAAGCAUGGCCACAUUCAUUGAUUUAACAGUACCUGACCAUGGCUGUGUGUAACACAUCUAAGGAAGGCUGUAGUUCCUUUCAUUAUGGAGUAUCAUUGGAGAUACAGAUGCACACACAUAAGGAAAUACAGAAAAUUAGUAAUUCUGAUAAAUACUAACAAGACUGUCUACUCACUGUUAGCUGUUGUCAGUAUCUGUAAGUGGAUGAACGGUUGAAGUGAACUUCACAUGGCAACUCUUCUGUCCCCAUUUUUCUAGUAUCUGAUGUAGCUGGUCUCACUUGGUUAAUAUUUAAAUUCUGCUAGUAGUAUAUCCUGAUCCUGUAAUGGUAAAAUGUAGAAUUUGGGCAACAGCAGAUAUUCACAUGUUUGUCCCCAAGUAAAUUAGUAAAACCAGACAAUAGAAAGAUACAGACCCGUUUCUUUUUCUACAAUUUAAUGUGGGUAUUGAGCCCUUAAAAUAUGACUAAUACAAAUUGACAUGUGCUAUCAAUAUAAAAUUAGAGAUUCUGAACAUGUACAAAGUAUGUAAAAUAUCUCAAUUUUGUAUAUUGGUGAAAUUCUAUUUUUGGUAUAUAGUGUUUUAAAUAAAAUUUAUAUUCUGCUU